CCCGAUGGCACCGCGCUCGCCCUGAGCCCCCGGCCACUGGCCCCGGGCUGGCCAUGGCCCUGCGGCGGCUCCUGCAGCCCAGCCCGGGCAGCGGCCCCGGGGGCGAGCGGGCGCUGCCCACGGCCCGCUCACAGCUCGCCUUGGCCAGAUCCAGCUCCUCAGGUGACUCCUCCAAGCCCCAAAGGCACCUCGUUGCUAUAUUGAAGGAAGACAAGGAGACAUUCGGGUUUGAAAUCCAGACUAUCAGGUUUCCGCAGCAGAACGAUUUCUCCCUGGAGGUGUGCACCUGUGUCUGCAGGAUCCAGGAGGAAAGCCCAGCCCAUCUCUCUGGCCUGCAGGCUGGGGACAUCCUCACCAGCAUCAACGGCGUCAGCAUCCAGGGCUUCGGCCACAAGCAAAUCGUGGACCUGAUAAAGUCUUCAGGGAACUAUUUGAGGUUAGAGACUGCCAACGGGGCCCUGUUCCUGAGGAAAAUGGAGCUGGAGGCCAAACUGCAGGCUCUCAAGGUACUAUGGUUAAUUAUCUGUUCCCCUGCCGAAUGGGGAUACGGGACCCUCCCGCGCAAGAGCCGCCGCGCCAGCGUUCGGAAACACCUCCUGAGGUUCAUCCCGGGCUUCCACCGGGCGGUGGAGGAGGAGGAAAGCCGGGUCUGAUGCCACAGGGGUCACCCUGCUCUCGCCGGGGCACGCCGCGGGCACAGCAGCUCUGAUGAGACCCACACGGCUCUGGGUGGUAAUUACUGCCGUUUUUAAUCAGAGCCCGCUGCGGACCUCUUCAUCAACGUGAAAAAUGAGUGACUCCAAAACGUGAAGAACCUUUGCAGAACUUCCUCAGCGAACCUCACUGUUAAUAACAGUUUUUAAUUGAAUACGAAAUUGAUAGCUAUUUAUUCCCUGCUGCCGGAGUCAGUGUCUUCCAAAGGUCUUGA